AUGGCUGCUUCAAUAAAUCUUAAUGUUGCUCGAUGGACCGCAUUGACUUUUGGAGUUGUCUAUGGUUUAUGGCAUUCCAGUUCACUAAAGAAAUCUGCAGAAAAAGAAAGUGCCGCAAUCAGAUAUCGCCAUAAAGAAGAAUUAAUUAAUAAAGCAAAGGCUGCUUAUUAUACUCCUAAAAAAACUACUACCGACGAACGGGUUAUUGAUCAUUAUGCAAAACAAGGUGCGGGCGCCCAUUAG